GAGCUGAGAGGAUACACAGAACAGAAGAGAGAGAGAGAGAAGGGAAGAGGAGGAGGAGGAUAGAGGCAGCUUUUAGUUCAACAGGGUGAAGGAAGAGGCUGAGGAGGCGCUCCACAGUCAAACAUUUGGACUUAAUCUACUCUGCAGCAGCACCGACACACACUGGGAGCCUUAGGAGAGGUUGUUGGAAAAUUCAUCUUCUGCAUCCUCCGAUGUUAAAGCUGACUCAGAUAAAACGGGACAACAGAUGUGGCUGUUUUUUUGUUUUGUUUUUUUGGGGGAAGCAAAACACCAAAUAUCACCUGGAUAUCAGAACCAAGGCAUCUGAAAUCCAAUCAUCGAACCUUCAUCGGCCAACACCAUGAUCUGCAGCACCUCUUAAACUUCGAUCUUUAAAAGACGUCAAAGACCUUCAACACUCUCUUGGACCAUACCGACUCUUUACCCCAUGUGUUCGUGCAGGACACGUCCAGUCUUGGAUGAAUAUCUAUUUCCAACCUGGAAAUAGCUGGAUUUGAACAUCGGAACUUUUUACUCGCUUUUCUUCACCACGAUCCUCCCUGAUGAUCACAAGGGAAUAUGUCACUAUCUUUCUGGUGGGCUCCUGUUUCCUGUUGGACUACAGUUCCCAAACGCCUCUGCUCCAGAGCAGAAACAAGGCCGGACUGCCCUCAGCCAGAGGGGGGACAGGAAGUAAGAGCAUGAGAACAGCUGUCGGGGAGGGGAUAUCGCUGGAAGGCCAGACGAGGUUAAAGAGACAUGGGAGGACGAGGGCUCAGCGAAUUAAACGAGGAUGGGUGUGGAACCAAUUCUUUGUCCUUGAGGAGUAUAUGGGAUCCGAACCACAAUAUGUCGGAAAGCUCCACACAGACAUGGACCAUGGAGAGAAUGCUGUGAAGUACACUCUGUCAGGAGAAGGAGCCGGCUCCAUUUUCACCAUCGAUCAAAUUACCGGAGAUAUACAUGCACUAGUGGGACUGGACAGGGAGGAAAAGUCGUUCUACACUCUCAAAGCCCAGGCGGUGGACAUCAACACCGGCGUCCCUCUGGAGCCCGAGUCCGAGUUCAUCAUCAAAGUUCAGGACAUCAACGACAACGAGCCUCGGUUUCUAGAUGGACCCUACAGCGCCAGCGUCCCCGAGAUGUCUCCAACAGGAACCUACGUGACGCAGGUGACCGCCACGGAUGCAGAUGACCCCACGUACGGGAACAGCGCUCGCAUCGUCUACAGCAUCCUCCACGGCCAACCCUACUUUUCCGUUGACUCCAAGACAGGAGUGAUCAGAACAGCUCUUGCCAACAUGGACCGAGAGGUUAAAGAUGAGUACCAAGUGCUCCUCCAGGCCAAGGACAUGGGAGGCCAACUGGGUGGACUUGCCUCCACCACCACCAUCAACAUCACCCUCAGCGACGUCAACGACAACCCUCCACGUUUUGCAAAAAGUAUUUUCCAUCUCCGGGUGCCAGAAUCUGCAGCGGUGGGUUCGGCCGUGGGUCGAAUUCGAGCCCAUGAUCUUGACGCUGGCGGCAACGCGGAUGUGGAUUACGCCAUCGUUCCAGGGGAUGAAGGCAACAUGUUCGACAUCAUCUCGAAUGGUCAAGAGGGAGUUGUCGUUCUAAAAAAGACUCUCGACUAUGAGACCAAGAAGUCGUACACCUUUAAAGUCGAGGCGUCCAACGCGCAGCUGGAUCCGCGGUUCCUCCACCUGGGUCCGUUCAAGGACUCUGCAACAGUGAAGGUGAACGUCCUGGACAUGGAUGAACCUCCGGUCUUCACCAAGUCGUCCUACUACAUGGACGUGUACGAGGACACGCCCCCAGGAACCAUCAUUGGCUCGGUUACAGCGUAUGACCUGGACGCCAGCAGCAGCGCUGUCAGGUACUCUCUGGAGUGGCACACAGAGUCUGACAGUUGUUUUGACAUCGACACCGUUGAAGGAACCAUCUCCACUAAUGAAUACCUGGACAGAGAGGCUGUGGUUCAGCACAAUAUCACUGUGGUGGCAACAAAAGUCAACAACCCGCUGCUGUUCUCCACAGUGGCUGCGGUCGUCAGCGUCCUGGAUGUGAACGAGUUUCCCCCUGAGCUGGCAGUUCCUUCAGAUACAUACGUCUGCGAAAACUCCAGAGCCGGCCAGGUAAUACAGACCGUCAGUGCAAUGGAUAAGGACCUUCCUCCUGUUGGACAGAGGUUCUUCUUCAAGUCCCCCAAAGAGCUUCGCAACAGAAACUUCACCGUUCGAGACUUUGGAAAUAACACCGCUGGGAUAGUGACUCGCCGUGCUGGUUUCCAGAUGCGGCUGCAGGACGUGUAUCUGUUUCCUGUUGUGGUUGAAGACAGCGGUUAUCCGGCUCAGAGCAGCACCACCACCCUCACCAUCCGAGUGUGUUCGUGCGGGACGGCGGGCUCGCUCCUCACCUGCUCGGCCGAGGCUAUCUUCCUACCUGUGGGUCUAAGCACCGGAGCGUUGAUGGCCAUUCUGCUGUGUGUGGCUCUGCUGAUAGUCAUGUCAGCAUUAUACAUGGGCCAGAGGCGUCACAAAGAAAAAGAGACUCUGAUGACAUCAAAAGAGGACAUCCGCGAUAAUGUCAUUCACUACGACGACGAAGGCGGCGGUGAGGAAGACACGCAUGCGUUCGACAUGGGCACUUUGAGAAACACGCACUCGCAGCGCACCAGCACCCAGAGCAGCGCCUCCAAGAAAGAGCGGAACGGCUACGGGGAAGGGGUUCUGCUGCACCUCAACAGUCGCGGCAAUGACGUCAGAUCACCCGACAUCCACCGGCAAACGGCCAACGUAAUCGCCGCCGUCAAUAAAAGCGCGACCCUCCCGCCUCGAGGUAGAGUGACUGAAGGUGACGCUGAAAUGAUAAGGGACUUCAUCGAGCAGCGGCUUGGGGAGGGUCAGCAGGGAUACGCGGCCCCGCCCUACGAUUCGCUGGCCACUUACGCCUACGAGGGCGAUGGCUCGGUCGCCGGCUCGCUCAGCUCUAUAGAGGAGUCAUGGGUAAUUGACGAUUCGGGGGAUUUCAGUUCCCUCGGGGACUGGGGACAGCCGUUCAAAACACUGGCCAGCAUCCUUGACAGACCGCCACCGACUCUGACCGAGGAGAGCUGAGACGGUCAGCAGAGACAAUUUGGACAAUAGUUUACUUUUCUAGAUAUGUUUUGUACCAUGACAGGCACAGGCUAGAGUGAUUUAAGGACUUUUUUAGAAGGUUGUUUGAUGUGAGGUAGAGUUGUGGACGACAGAAAAUCUAGCUACAGAUGUGAAAGGUAAACUUCAUAGCUCCUCAAAGUGCCUGAGGUACUAUAUGUUUACAUGUAUUUUGAUUCAUGUCAAUUAAUAAAAAAAAAAAUCUCGAACUGA